AUGGCUGCUUCUAAGGAAGUUUCUUCUAUUUAUCAAUUCUUUCAGAAUUUGAAUUUCAUCAUUAAUAUCAUCACUACUUCUUCUAAGCGUCAUGAUCAAUUCCAAGCUGCCCAAGUUUCUGAAUUUGAACAUCUGCAGGCUAUUGGUGAGCUUAAAACUGGUACAGGUUCUAACCAAAUAGUUUCAAGUACAAAGGAACUUAUUCAAGAAUUGCGAGAUGAUGGUUGGAAAAGAAUACUUGAAAGUGUUGUUAAUUUCUCCAAGCUUCAUGAAAUAGAUAUUCCAGAUCUUGAUGCUCAAUAUAUUGAAGGUCGUCGCCGUCAACAGCAUGAUCAAAUAACUAUUGAGCAUCACUAUCAUUUUGAUAUCUUUAAUUCAACAAUUGACUUUCAAUUACAAGAGUUAGAUAGAAGGUUUACUGAGCAAACAAUGAAACUAUUAUCACUUAGCUCUUCAUUAGAUCCGAAGAAUGGUUACAAAGCAUUUAAUGUUGAUGAUAUUUGUAGCCUUGCAGAGAAAUAUUAUCCUCUUGAUUUUUCUGAGCAAGAGAGAAUUAGUUUGAAUUGUCAAUUGAAGCAUUUCCACAAAGAGAUCCCAAAAAAUCCAGAACUUCAAAAUUUAUCUUCAAUUUCUUAG